AUGUCAAAGGAACAGUCAUCAGAUUUAUCAUUUGCAUUAUUAAGAGAUAUCGAUAUUUUAAGAUAUAUUUAUACUGGUAAGAUAAAUUUAGAUGUUAAAGAAGCACCACAAGAUUUAUUGGAUUUGCUUAUUGUGGCUGAGGAAUUGGUGCUUAGCGAUUUGGUGGAUUAUAUUCAAGAUUAUAUUAUUCAUAAUGAAAUAGAAUGGUUGAAACUUAAUUUGGUACAUGAAGAUGUGACAAAUAUCAAACAAUCUAUCAAAGAGUGUCUGCCUCACAUAAGGUUCUUUCAAAUCUCAUCAGCCAAUUAUUAUUAUAAAGUGAGACCUUAUAAAAGAUUGUUGCCUACAAAACUCAAAGAAGACUUGAAAAUGUUUCAUUUAGUUCCUGGCAGCGAAUCAAACAUUGACAAAAUUUCAAAACCGAGGUCAAAACCAACAAAAUCUCUCGAUUCACUAAUCAUCAAGCCUUAUCAUUUAUCAAUCAUUUCUAAUUGGAUUGACAGGAUAGAAUCAGAAGUUUUGAGCAGAGUUGUGAAUUCUGAACAAGCAAUUAGAGAUUGUGGUCCCCAAUUUGAUUUAGUUGGAUUUGGUGAAGAUUUGAAUAUUUUUACUCGUACUUGUUAUAUGAGAGAUUAUGAAAGAGGAAUCAUUGAUGCAAUUAAUUUUAAUUUAUUAGAUUAUGAAGUAUUUCAAAUAAUUGAAAAAUAA